GGUCACCAUGAGAGCUUUUUCAUUUGACAGCUGCAGUUGUGCAAAAGUGUGCUCGAUCGAAAAAUGUAAACAUGGUGCAGGAAGAAGUUGAGGAGAAUUGUGAGACAAAAGAUUCCUCCGCGAAAGAGGAAGAGCAGGAGAUUGAGGAUGUGAAAGGCUAUAUUAGUGAUGUGCAGUCGAGGAUUUCCGCCAAAAGUGUUCUACGGGGAGAAAACACGUCGAGUGCGAGGCCCACGGAAGAGUACUUCUUCAAGUUGGAUUCCAAUGUGAAGAAGAACACGGCCUUCGUGAAGAAGCUGAAGCAGUUUACAACUGCUCAGCUGGAUUCCCUGCUGAAGGACAUGUCCGGAUUGAACCUGACCAAGUACAUCUCGGAGAUUUGCGCCGCCAUCGUGGAGGCGAAGCUGAAGACGACAGACGUCACAGCGAUGGUGACUCUGUGCAGUCGGCUGCAUCAGCUGUAUGGAGAGUUUUCGCCGCUGUUCUUCGAGCACUGGCAGAAGAUCCUGAACAUCAAAGGAUCGGAGAAGUUGGUGAAUCCCAGCAAGAUGAGAGUGGAUUUGCGACUGUUUGCGGAACUCGUUAGUGUGGGCAUUUUCUCCAACAAGAGUGGCUUGGCUCUUCUCGGGAAUGUCCUUGUUUCGUUGAUUCAACAGGACAAAGAGGAAUUUGCCAAUCUCUCGAUUAUAAUGUCCUUCUGCAAGAAUUGUGGCGAGGAAUAUGCUGGAUUGGUGUCGAAGAAGAUUGUGGAUUUAGCUGAGAAGCACAAAAUGACGCUCCCGACGUCAACGCUUCUUUUGCCUGACAAGCAGCAGGCUCUGAGGAAUCUGCUGAGAGACUACUACAAGGGCCUGAUGGAAUACUUGAAGGAGAGACACAAGGAGCUGAUGGCCAUGGAGAGAUCGUGUCAGAAUGCGUUGUCCUCCAAGGGAGAAGUCUCUUCAGCUCGUCGCGAAAAGCUGGAGUUCAUGCAAUCUUCCUUCGAGAAGCUCCUCUCCUCCACGCAAACUCUCUCCGAUUUGCUAAACGAACCUCUGCCCGAGCUUCCCAAGCAGACAGAGGAGAGCUCUGGCGGGAUCAUCUUUGAGUCCACAGAUCUAACGUUCGAUGGACAGCUGGAUCCGUGGGGAGAUGAAGAGACCAAGAGUUUCUACGUCGAUCUUCCGGAUUUGCGUCUCUUCCUUCCCAAUUUCGCCCCUAAACAGCCCUCAGUGACACCCGAGGAGCCCCAGAUGACUGAAGAGGUGCUCGACAUGGAGAUUGAGCCUGAGCAAUUGGCCGUGGAAGAGCCUCCGCCGGAUCCAGACAUUCCGGCGUCGUCCACACCCGAACCACCGCCUGAGGAAGUCGCCCCGAAAGUGGCAGCGCCCCAGCCAAUGCAGAACACGAAGCACCAAUUCGAGACUUUCUCCCACAACCUUAUGAACUGCGUCAACAAGGAACUAAUCGACUCGGCGGCCAUUGAAUUUCUGCUCCAUCUCAACACCAAAAGCAAUCGCAAGAAACUGGCCAAAGUCCUCUUCGGCGUGCAACGCACGAGACUCGAUCUCUUGCCGAUGUUUGCGCGUUUCGUGGCCACAAUCAAUAUCGUCUCGCCGGACGUGGCCACUGAUCUGGCACUGCUGCUGAAGAACGAUUUCCGCUAUCACGUGCUGAAGAAGGAUCAGAUUAACAUUGAGAGCAAGAUCAAGGUGGUGCGCUUCAUCGGGGAGCUCACAAAGUUCGGGAUGUACUCCAAGAUCGAGGCACUGUACUGCCUCAAGUUCCUCCUCCACGACUUCCAGCAUCACAACAUUGAGAUGGCGUGCGCCUUCCUGGAAGUCUGCGGAACUUAUCUGUACAACUGCGCCGAGAGUCGUCUGCGGACUAACGUUUACUUGGAGCAGAUGAUGCGUCUAAAGGUGGUCACAGCCUUGGAUUCGAGACACGCGGCUCAGAUUGAGAGUGUCUAUUACUUAGUAAAACCACCCGAAGGAACGGGCAUCACUAGGAAGCAGCGGCCGCCGAUGCAGAUGUACGUGCGAUAUUUAGUUUUCGAGGCGCUCAACAAGUCAAAUGUGGAUAAAAUCAUCAAGAUGAUGAGGAGACUGAACUGGGAUGACAAGGAAAUCAGCGAGUAUGCCAUCAGGUGUCUCUCGAAGGCCUACAACAUUCGCUACCACCUCAUUCGCUGCUUGGCAGAUUUGGUCUCCGGCUUGAGUUCAUAUCAGGACAAGGCGAUGGCGAAAGUGAUUGACUGUGUUUUCGAGGAUAUUCGUGCUGGUCUGGAGAUUCACUCACCCAAAUUGGCUCAGCGUCGAAUUGCCAUGGCCAAGUAUAUCGGUGAAUUGUACAAUUAUCGUCUAAUCGAGAGCCACAACGUCCUCAACACGCUGUACUCGAUCAUCUCGUUUGGCGUUCCGAUGGAUCAUGCCGUGGUGUCCGUCGUGGAUCCGCCGGGCAGUCUGUUCCGGCUAAAGUUGGCCUGCGUGCUGCUCGACACGUGUGGCCAGUACUUCACGAGCUCCAGUCGCAAGGGUCUGGACUACUUUCUGCUGUUCUUUCAGCAGUACUUCUGGUACAAGAAGAGCGAUCCUGUGUUUGAAACGGAGGCCAGCGGUGACCUGUUUCCCAUUCUCGUGGAGCACAUGUACAGAGACUGCCUGGCGAGCGUGCGUCCCAAGUUGAAACCCUUCACGUCCCUGGAGCAAUCCAAAGAGGCUGUUGAGAAGCUGAAGCAAGAGUUGUAUCCCACUCUGAACAGCAGCGACUUGGGAGAGAGUGCCGAGAGCGAGUUGGAGGCCAUCAAUGAGGUGGACAGUGACAAUGACAACACUGCUGAAGAGACAUCAGAGGCUGUGGUGGACUCCGAUGACGAAACGGAGCGCCGCAGUCGUGAGGAAGCAGAAGAGCUGGAUGUCGACCUGGAGGCGAAUGGCCCCGAAGAAGUGGAGAUGCAAGAGGAGAGAAGAAAGACACCGGAAAAGACGCAGGAAGAUUUGGAGUUCGAGCAGGCUUUCGAACGGAUGGCCAUGGAGAGCUACCAAGAACGACUGAGGGACCCGGCAAAGCCCAGCACGAAGGACAUCCCAGUGCCCAUGAUGACGCGCACCGGGAAGAAGACGUACGAGCAACUGAGUAUGCAAGAACCGCCGCCCAGUGACGAUACGGUGUCUUUCGUGCUGAUGAUGCGCGGCAACAAGGUGGGUAAGCAGCAAUUCAGGACAUUUGCUGCUCCUGCUGACAGUCACUUGGCGAAGAAUCUGAAGCUUCAGGAGCAGAAGAUUCGCGAAGAGAAUGAGAAAGUUAAGAGGUUGACGCUCAAUAUCACUGAAAGAAUUGAGGAGGAGGACUACCAAGAAUCCCUGUUGCAAUCCCAGCGUUGUCUCACGCAGAAUCGGCAGCAGAAGGCAGCGAAACCCCAAAAAUUCAAACAUCAGAAAGGUGCUCCCGACGCUGAUUUGAUUUUCGGUUAGAUAAAUACUUUUCCCUCCAAUAAAAUUCUCCUUUGA